CUCUUCAUCCUCAGUGAGACCAGCCACAGCAGGUCGAGAUAGACCCGCAGCUAGCUCAGUUACUCAAACAGCAAGCUGGUAUCAAGAUGCCUGCAACCAACAGAAUCAUUUCGGAGACCAGGAAGCCAGAAAAAGGAAAAAAGGGCAAAGUGGUAAAAACGCCCACAGCAGAGAAGAUCCCAAUGUAUGAGCCAAAUAUCCCUGAACCCAAAUGGAGAGCUGAUCUUAUCAAAUAUUGGAUUAAUUUGUCUCUGGACGACAAAACAGCCAAUAAAAUGCUGUGGAUCACAGAAGGUGGUGCCAAAGUGGCCAGAAUGACUGAUAACAUCACUUGUCCUGUCUUGGACAGACCAGAGCGAUAUGAGUACGCGCCACAGGUUCUUUGCAAAGAGGGAAUCCUGGGAAGCCGAGGCUACUGGGAAGUGGAGUAUUCAGGAUGGGUUGUGAUUGGAGUCGCAUACGAAGGAGCUGGAAGGAGGAACAAGGAUGGGCCCUGUGGCCUGGGAGAAAACGAGGAGUCCUGGGGUCUCGGCUGGAGUGGUUCCAGCUAUCAAGCCUGGCACAAAGGUCACAGUACACAGAUUGUGGAGAUUCCCAGGUGCUCCACAAUAGGUGUAUAUCUUGACCAGCCUGCUGGUGUCCUUAAUUUUUAUGCUGUGGAGGAUGUGAUUGAGGGAGGAGAACGCAAUGGGAAAAAGGAGGUUAAACUUUUAAAGCAGUUUAAGAGCUCCUUUAAGGAGAAAAUGAUGCCAUGUUUCUGGGUAGGAACAAGCUCUGACUGUGUAAUCAAAAAGAAGGAGGAAUAAAGGAGCGGAAGCAUAGAGGCAACUUAUGAUCAUAUCUAAAAUUGAGUGGAGCUGAACUCUUGUUGGGUGAGGAGUGAAGUAGCUGUUAUCCUAUUGCAAUAAAGCUGCAAUAAGGCUGUUUUAAACACAGAAUUUCCUCACAUAAUAGGGUCAUCCACAUCAUCAGAACUUAUAUUUUAUCAAAACACUACAGUAUCUCUGAGGAAAACAUAGGGAAUUAAAAAAAACAUUUUAAUCAAGGGAGCAAAGUGCAAUUAGAAGAUAUUUAGAAAGGAUUCAUCUUCUGAAUUCUGUCCACACUGUUGGAUUUUUCUGAAAACACAGGACCACUCGAGGUUUAUAUUAAUAUAUAUGUGUGUAUUUGUAUUUCUCCAUUGUUAUUGUUUGCUAAGAAUGUAUAUUUACUUAGGCAUAAGUGUAUGUAAAAUGUUGAAUAUGAAAAAAUGUUAAUCAAAAAUAAAGUAUGGAAAAAGGA